AAAAGUAUUUGAAUUGAAUCAAUGGUAUGAAUAUUGCUCUUAAAUUCAGAAAGAGAUGUAGAAGUAGUUAAAUCAUGUUAACUGUAACUGUCUUGAUUUUGUUUAUCAAUCCGGUCAAAAUGUGAACACAAUUUUUUUGCUCGGAAACGUGGUACGCAAUUUUAAUUAAAGCAAGUAAUUUUUUUUGUUUUAAUUAUUACAAUGCCAAAAUUACUAAAAAUAUUUGUCAAAUAAGACUAUUAUAUUCUAAUAAAAUUGUAAAUCCAUAUGACUGUGAACUAGACCGGUGCUAGUCGUAAAGAAGAUAAAUAAAUAUGAAUGGAUCUUUUGUUUACAACAAAAUAGCGAGAAAUUUCCGGAAAUGUUAUCGCUGUUGUAAUGAAAACGAAUUUUCCCUGGAAUUAAAAAGACAUUUCUCGUUUUCCGCAUCGAUUGAUCCUUCUAAACGCCGGGUGUUUCCGUUUAAGUCCAUAUUUGAGUUGGAUACUAGGAAAAAAUUAUGGUAUGAUUUUAAGUUGCAGUGUAAUGAAAAACUUGUGGUUCUUGGUGAAAUAUUGACAAAUCAGUGCAAUUUCAUUGCUUCACAAAGAGUCCGGCGCCUGUCACAGAUGUGGAACUUAUAUAAUCAAUUAUAUACAGAACAAUCUAUAAAACGCAUCUUUUCUCAGCUGGCCAAAACCUUGAGAUCGAAGCGUCGGCCUUUUUCGGUUUUACUAGGAGCGACCUUAUUUAAAUGGGAAGAAGAGAAAAUAACAGAUGAAGAAAUAUAUAAUUUCAGGGCACUUGAUGAGUAUCUGCUUGAAGAAAUGAUCUGUUUAAGAAAUAUCAUUUCUGUCUGCAUUUGUGAAUUGGAUAGAUAUCAAAGCAAUGAUGACAGCAGAAGAAAUACAUUGCCUGGUCAAAAUCUUGUUAAUAAACUUGUCGAAGAUGGCUGGGAACCAGUUAUUCAGAAAGAAUGCAUUCAAGUUUGGAGAAAAGCAUUUCCAAAUUCUUACCUUUAUGAAUAUAAAGUAAUGGGAACUUUUUAUGAUGUGCCUGCAAGAACAUUUUUUGCUGUCCAGACUGACAUUGAAUAUAGAAAACAAUGGGAUAAGCUUGUUAUCAAGCUAGACAUCAUCGAUAAAGAAGAUGUCGAAAAUGGUUGUGAAGUUAUGCAUUGGGUUAUGCAUUAUCCAUAUCCAAUGUACAGUCGUGAAUAUGUCUAUAUUAGACGAGCUGUGAUAAGUCCUGAAACCAAUACUAUGGUGCUUGUAUCAAGAGCAACUGACCAUCCUGCCUGUCCUGUAAAUAAUAAAUAUGUCAGGGUCACUGAAUAUAGCUCAAGAAUGGUCAUCAGGCCUCAUAGGACUUAUGAUGAUAAUGGAUUUGACUACGUACUUACUUAUUUUGACGAUCCUCAAGCUGCAUUUCCUACUCCAGCUUAUAAUUGGAUGGCAUCUUCUGGUGUUCCUGAUUUUGUUGAGAAAUUGCACAAUGCCGCAAGAGAACUCCACAAACAGGAACAAAGGAAUAUAUCUAGUUUAUCUAUUACUAAGUCACAAAAUCAAAAAGAAUCUUGUUCUUCAAACAAUUUAGAAUAUAUGUACAUGUAGCUGGAUUGAUAAAGAGUUAUCACUCAGGCAUAAUUAGCAUAGACCAUUUUUAAUAGACGUUUUUAAUAUUUAUUUUAUUCACCUCUUUCCCCUGAAUUUUUAUGAUUUAAACUUCUGGUUAACAAUCAUGAUUAUUUAGAAUGAUGUAGAUAGGGAAGAAAUCUAGAUUGAUGUAUAAAAAGAAGAUUUGUGAAAUAUUGUAUGAUAGAAUGAGAUAUGACAUACAUAUUGCAUAAUAAAGAAUCAAUAUAAGAGUUUUAUUGCUGGAAACUUAUUUGUUUUUGUACUUUU